AUGGCGCCGCCCAAGUCGCCGAGCAACUCUAGCUCAGCUCGUUCUAAUUCACGGCUACCCACAAGCGUUCCGAGCUCGCCGCCGUCGGAACAACAAGACGACCUUGAUGGCGCGGAUGAUGCCCUUGUGAAAGAGGAGCAGGAAGCACGUGCUGAAAAUGAGAGGAAUGAAGAGAAACGACGACAGGCGAUGCUGAAGCGGAAGAAAAAGAAGAAGGCGGAGACAAAGUCUGAGCGUGAAGCCAAGGCUAGAGAACUUGACGACUUGCUCGCAAAGUCUGCCGCUUUCUCUGAUAUCCUUACUAAAAAGACCCAGGUGUUAGGCCGAGUCGGGAGCAGCCUUGAUGGCAAGACGCUGGGUGAGCAUAGCUUGGAGAUGGCUCAGCAACCCAAGUGUAUGAUCAACGGUACCAUGAGAGAUUACCAGCUCGAGGGUCUCACAUGGAUGUACGAAAUUUGCUCUCAGGGCAUGUCUGGUAUUUUAGCUGAUGAGAUGGGUCUUGGCAAAACUGUUCAAACCAUCGCCUUGAUUGCGCUGCUUCGUGAGCAGGAGAACUAUCUCGGCCCUCACUUGAUCGUCGCACCCCUGAGUACUCUCUCCAACUGGAUGGAUGAGUUUCACAAAUGGACUCCCUCCAUCCCAGUCAUCAUGUAUCAUGGCAACAAAGAUGAUCGUGAGAAGAUCUUCAGAACCCAAAUGUUGAAGCACCUCAAGGCUGGUCGUCCCACCACGAAAUUCCCCGUGGUUUGUACGUCUUAUGAAAUGGUUCUCAGAGACCAGCACAAUCUGUCCAAGAUCAACUGGGAGUUUAUCAUCAUCGAUGAAGGCCACCGCAUGAAAAAUGCGGAUGCGAAACUGUUCCAGCAGCUUCGUCAGUUCUCAUCUGCAACUCGUCUGCUCAUUACCGGGACACCUCUUCAGAACAACCUCAAGGAGCUUUGGUCCUUGCUUCACUUUCUGUUGCCCAAUAUCUUUACAGACUGGGAAGCUUUUGAGUCGUGGUUCGACUUCUCAGACCUCGAAGACGAACAGGGCACCGAAGAGUUCAUCGCUGAUCAGAAGAAACAAGAACUUGUCAAGAAGAUCCAUCUCAUUCUCCAGCCAAUGCUUCUGAGGCGCAUCAAACAGGAUGUAGCUGCCUACCUCCCCAAGAAGAGAGAAUACGUUCUCUUCGCUCCCAUGACAAAGGAGCAAACAGAUCUCUACAAUGUCCUCACCAACAAAAAGAUAGAUACCAGGCAGUAUCUAGAGGACAAGGUCUACGCCAAGAUCCACGGCACCGAGUCGACUGAAGCAAGCACCAAGUCAUCUCGAUCAAGCAGUGUCGCUGCACCAAAGACCAUGACACUCCCCGUUCGUGAAUCCCCGCGUAAGAAGCAACUCGAACCAGACGAGCCAGCCGCCAACGCAUUCUCAGUCAUGAUGGCUAAGCGCGGUCGUGGCAGACCACGUAAAAACCCAAAGCCCGAAGAGGCGCCUGUGACACCCAAGUCUGGAGGUAAACGAAAAGUUGCCCCUGCUUCGUUGGAGCCAGAGCCCAAGAGCGCAAAGUCGACUCGUCAGUCAACGCCAGUGAGCAUACGUGGACGACCGAGAAAAACUCGUACCUAUCAAGACGCUGGUUCAGAUGAGGAGAAGAUGUCGGAUGAUGAGUUUGAAGCAAAGUUGGCGAAGGAGAUGGUUUCUGAGGAUGAGGACUUGAGUGACCAAGUGUCAUUGACACCAGAGGAGCGCGAACGUGCCAAAGCAUUUGAGCUUGCUAAAAAGCAGAUCUCUCAAAAGAAGCUAGGAAACCCUCUGGCUCAGUUGCGACUUGUCUGUAACUCACCUCACAAUUUCUACAACCCAUGGAUUGCCUCCACAGAUCUACCUGUCGAUGACUCUAUAGUCACUGCUUCCGGCAAGAUGCUGCUUCUCGAUCGCCUGUUGCCUCGGCUAUUCCAGGAUGAUCACAAGGUCCUCAUCUUCUCGCAGUUCACAACUCAGCUUGACAUUCUCGAAGACUAUUGCCGUGAACUCCGCGGCUGGAAAGUCUGUCGUAUCGACGGUUCUGUCGCACAGGAUAGUCGACGUUCUCAAAUUGCUGACUUCAACAGCGAUCCUGAGUACAAGAUCUUUUUGCUCUCUACCCGCGCAGGUGGUCAGGGCAUCAACCUUGCUUCUGCGGAUACCGUCAUUCUGUUUGAUUCGGACUUUAACCCCCAACAAGAUCUUCAAGCUCAAGAUCGCUGUCAUCGAAUUGGUCAAACCCGCCCCGUUGUCGUCUUCCGUCUUGCUACAAAAGACACAGUUGAGGAAACUCUUCUCAACUCAGCAGACGCCAAACGCCGGCUCGAGAAACUGGUUAUCAAAAAGGGUAACUUCAAGUCAAUGGGACAAAAGAUGGAUCUCCACGAAGAUAUCGACCCCGAGUCGCUCCGCGCUCUGCUUUUGAAGGAUGGACAAGUAUACAAGGCCUCAGGGGGUGAAGAAGUCCUCAGCGACUCAGAUCUCGAUAUUCUCUGCGACAGAAGUGAAGCAGCUUACGAGAAAGCUGCAAGCGGCGAAGGCGAUGCCGAUGCUUUCCGCGUUGUUGAAACUGGUGCUGAUUCUAUCAAGAUGGCAAGAAAGGAUUAA